ACAAGUUCACCAGCCAUGGAGAAACUGGGCUUUCAGAGGUGUCUGGACCGUUUGCUGCAGGCAGGAGUCAGAGUGGAUGUUAUCACUACAGACAGAUCUCCUUCCAUCAGGAAGUUUAUGAGAGAACAGUACCCCGGCAUACAGCACCAGUUUGACCCUUGGCAUGUUGUGAAAGGUCUGAAAAAGAAGUUGACAGUGGCAGCAAACAUAAAAAAGAACACAGAUCUGCAACCUUGGCUGAAGUCCAUCACUAAUCACCUGUGGUGGUGUUGCCAGACAUGUGGUGGUGAUGCAACGGAGCUGAAACGCAGAUGGACAUCUAUUCUUCACCACGUUUGCGGCAUACAUCGCUGGGAGGAUGACGACGGAGUGGAGAGGACUUGCUACCACCAGGACCUCACUGAAGAGCAGCAGAAAAGGAAGAGGUGGCUGCAGGAAGACUCAGCUGCCUUCAAGACCCUUUCAGAACACAUUCUGAACAAGAACCUGUUGAAGGACCUCAACCAGAUGACACUCUUCCAACACACCGGAGCCUUGGAAGUUUACCAUAGUUCCAUGCUGAAGUACACGCAGAAGAGGCUUCACUUCUUCUACAGCUUCAUGAAGGCACGCACCCUGCUCUCAGUGAUGGACCACAACGAGAAUGUUGGCCGCGAACAAGCUACAACCUCAGAGGGGAACCCAAGAUUCAAAUUAGUCUAUCCGAAACAAAGCAAGAAAUGGGUGGCAAGGAAGAUUUACGAGCCUACCACACAGACGUUCCGGACGGAUUUGGUGGAGAGGGUCCUAGAAAGGCGUAUGGAUCCUACAGUCAAGUUAAAAGAUCCAAGCUCCUCUGUCCAGCAACCAUCGACUAUACCUGCCAAUAUAGCUGCCAUCCCAAGACCGGAUAAAGAUCAAGCCAUUGAAGAGCAUGUUUCCCGUUUUGAUACAAGAUGAAAUCGUGCUGUUUGUGUGAUUCUUGUUAUGGUGUGCUAAAUACAGUGUCAUAACUAGUGAAAAGACAAAGGUUGAAAAGCAAAGUUCUUUUUAUUUAUAUACUUACACACACUGUUUUUGUUUUAUUGUGUCAUGCAAAUGUAGGGAGAAAAAAAACAAAAGUAUAAAUAGUAGUAUCAAAGUCUUAGUGAGUUUUUUUUAACAGUUAUUUAUAAUGACAUAGUUAUCCAAUUUGUGUUGACAUGUCACGUUUUUGACAGAACAAAAGUAUAAAAAGUAAUACAAUCAAAGUGUUGGUGAAAUUUGUACAGUUGUUUAUAAUGACAGUUAUACAAUGUGUGUUGAAGUGUCACAUUAUUGUUCACAGAAUAUUAUUGGAAUGCCAUGUAAA